UCUGCCUCACAAUCUUAUCCUACCAUUGUAUUACAAAAAUCAAAGAUGGGCAAGUUCGCCACCCUGUUGAUGAUCUCCCUCCUCCUCUGCUCCACACUGACCUAUGCUGCUCGUCCAAAGCCAUCACAUUCUAACGAAAUUCCAGCGGAAACCCACAAUGGGAAUGGGGUUGCUGUGGGGGUGGGAAUACACUCUCCCAACAGGAAGCUGGAAGAUAAAGAGCAUGCAACUAAGAAAAAGGUGAUCGAUCCAUAUUUUGGUUGUGAUCCAGCUGUUGAAUUCGGAUGUUGAUGGAUAUUGCUAGAAGAGGACAACUAUUUCGACACGACAGCUGCAGAAUCUGAAACCGAGAAACCAUGAAAUUAUCCAAAAAUAAAAAUAAAUAAUAAUAAUAAUGCUUGUUGCUGUUGAUAUGAGGUCUCAUUGGCAAGUACUCUUGUCUUUCUUGGUUUAUUAUAUUUGUUCCAUUCAUGAAGAAUCUCUGCUGCAUAUAU